AUGGAUCAAGUUGACAUGCAGCAAGAAACUUUGUGGCCCAGAAUCACCUCCAAUGGUGUCCAUCUAAUAGGAAGAACGAAAAGACACGGUAUGUCUAUGAAGCUUCAAUGUGGAUCUAUUUCCAAAGCCAAAUAUGAUACCUCAAUUCAUCUGUUUGCGUUGAUCCUUAUCUUGAUAUUGAGCACUCUAGCUUGCGCAUUUCCUCUCAUAUCCCGCAAAGCUUCGUCCAGUGCUAGGUCUGGAAAAUUUAUCUUCAUAUCGCAACACUUUGGGACCGGUGUGCUCAUCGCAACUGCCUUUGUUCACUUGCUCCCAACUGCCUUUGGCUCACUGACAGAUCCAUGUCUUACAAGUUUUUUCAAUGAGAAGUUUCCCUCACUUGCCGGCCUGGUUGCCAUGAUUUCGUUAUUUGUGGUUGUUGGGCUAGAGAUGUUUCUCACCGCCAGAGGUGCCAAACAUACGCACUCUACUGAGGUUCACAACAUCGAUUCUGAAAACGAGGAACGGCACGCAGGAAAUCUAACGCCAUCAUGGAGAGAAACUUCCACAGGACAACUCAAGAAAAAGUUUGUACGGUCCCUAAGGCCGCGAGAGCUCAGAUUGGAAGAUGUGGAUGCGUCAGCAGCUCUAGUAGAUAACGCAUCUCCACUACCAGAUUCAACACCAGUAACGGCCCAGUCUAACAGGAAUCAAUACUCAGGAUUAUCAGAUGAUCAGGAUUCUGAUGUUGGCAUGGAUGAAAUUGGCACCUCCAUAACGCCUCCCCUCGGCUUUGAAGAAUCAAGUAAGCCGCCUAUCGUGCUUCACCAUCUAUCCAACUCUUCUUGUGAGGCUUUACGAAAGCGCCAGGUCAUGCAAUGUCUUAUGCUUGAGGCUGGUAUUUUAUUUCAUAGUAUAUUCAUCGGAAUGGCAGUCUCAGUAGCGACUGGGCCGUCAUUUUUGGUAUUUCUAAGUGCAAUUGGCCUUCAUCAGACCUUCGAAGGAAUUGCUCUAGGGUCUAGAAUAGCAGCUAUAGAUUUUCCAUCGCGUGCCUUGACGCCCUGGUUUAUGGUUUUAGCUUUUGGAAUAACAACACCUCUAGGACAGGCCAUUGGAAUAGUGGUACACAAUUUAUACGAUCCACAUAGUGCUGGUGGUUUAUUGAUGGUAGGAUUUAUGAAUGGAAUUUCAAGCGGCUUACUUCUCUACGCGGGGCUAGUUCAGCUUCUUGCCGAGGAUUUCUUAAGUGACAGAAGCUUCAAAGUGUUACAUGGGAAACAGAGAAUACAAGCGUUUGCUUCAGUCCUGGCAGGGGCUCUACUGAUGACGCUAGUGGGUGUAUGGGCUUGA